ACGAACCGGCAAGCACUCGUUUGCGACAGGUCUUAGGUUACGGACCGAACCGGUGAAGCUUUCUGAAGUUCUGCAGCGAUAGAUAUAUAUAUUGUUUUUUCGGGCUGUAAAGUGACUGUGUGCUCUCGGAUGCUCUCGGUACCGUAAGCAGUAAGUGAGUGUCAGGUGUGCGAAAGUGUGUGCGAACAAUGGUGGCGUACUGAUGCACCGUUAAAUUUACUCGCUGGCAAUAAGGAAGUUAAGAAAGAGCGUUCAGCACAGAUUAAUAAAUCAAACAAAUAGAAUAGUGGUCAUUCGGUUGAUAUUAAAACACAUAAAUAUAGUCCAAGUGAAGUGAUCUGUAACUUGAAAAAACAUAAACUCUGGUGAAGCAACAAACUAAACGGCACACGUAAAGCAUCCAAAACUCCACCACCUCAUCUAUAUAAUCUUUGCAUCAGCGGACAACAGCCUGCCAGCAGAGCACACCAACGCUAAGGCACUAUUUCAACCACAAACACCAAAUGGAGAUCAUGAAAAUGUCCAUCUACAAGCUGCUGCUGUUCGUGGUCCUCUCGACCGUGAUGCUCUGCUGUCAAACGUCCGAGGCAGGUCCGGCCCGGCAGCUCGCUAGCCUCGCAGCAAGAGCCUCCAAGAUACCGCGCUCGAUACGGGCCCCGUUCCGGAACUCCGAGAUGAUGACGGCACGAGGCUUCGGCAAGCGUCGGGCACCGAUCGGUGUAAGCUUCGGCAGCGGUCGCCCAUCACACCACACCCUGUCACCUGGGGACGGUGAAAGCGUUACCUGGACCGAGGAGAAGCACGACAUUGGCAAGCUGAUGGAGGAUCUGGCGAGCCUCGAUCAGAACGAUCCACAGCAGCAACAGCAGCAGCAGCAGCAGCAACCCCUGCAGUUGAUUAUGGGUGAUCAAGAAAAUAGCUUCCCGCUGGAGUGGUUUGCGAACGAAAUGUCAACCAAUCCGACACUGGCCAAAUCGAUACUGCAACGCUUCGUGGACACUAACCGCGACGGAUUGCUCGAAACGAACGAGCUAAUGGCGGGCGCCGGAUCGAACGCGAACGAUCUUGGCGAGCUGUUCUAAGCAAGCACGAACGUCACCAGCUGUCAUCCUGUCAUAGUGGCUUAGUGGAAUUGGUGGAGAGCUGAGAGGCACGACAUGAGCGCAACACAUUGCGUCAUCCACAAACAUUAACCCUUUCCUGGACACGCACGCACACACUCACGGGACACUAUAACAUCAUCUAACAUACACUCGUUACUGGUCAACGCUCCAUCAACGUACAGAAUAUUCUUGUUUGACUGUCUGUCAAAUCUGUCAAAUCUAGCGUAGCUUACUACAUGACGUUUCGAUGCACCAUCUAUGAAAAACAUCCUUGAACGCACACAACACGCCGAUAAACAGGCGUCCGAAAAUGCAUCCAAUAAAGGCUGGGUAUUGGAUAUGCAUUUUCUGACGUUUGACGGCGUUUAACACUUCCACAAACCAAAUUUCAAUCCCGUUCGUUUUUGUGUUUGUAUAAACGUUUAUCACUCCAAUGCUACUAAGAAGCUAUAUGACUAAGAAGCGGCACUGUAUCGAGCAGAAACUUCUCACCCUAUUUGUUUGGUAUAGUGCACGAUGCAAAAUACAUUUGCCUCCAUUUUGUAGCAUAGUGGCGGAAGAUGGCCAGAUGAGCAGAGAGAAAGGCAAUUUAUGUUUACAGUACAUUAACCGAGGGCAAUACGUACGGUUUUGAGGCAGGGCUAUUUUACCAUAAGACAUAGAGGCAAGAGAAGUGGCAGGAGUUGCAAAUAAAUUCCCAACAGCAACAACUGUAGUAGAGAAAGAUAGUAAGGAAUUGUGAAAUAUAAGUAAACACACCUACACACGUAAGUAUUGAUAUGGAUUAAAAGUGGCAACAAAGCACACACAAACUCAGCAGUAGAAAACAGCAUGACAGUCAACUGUCAUAAGUUCUCCAUCAACACAAACACGCACACAAACAAACAAAGCAACACACAGCCUGUAAAAUAUAUUGGUGAGCAAAAUAUAUUGGUUGAACAGAGCAAACAAGCAAAUGAUGAUGUACUUUUCUUUGUUGGCCGUCACCAUCAACUUGCGCCCUACCCUCGUUGGAGUGUCGAUAGGAGGCGCUGCGUUAAUUAAGUUUCCACAGCUUCCAGUUACUAAUUAAUAAAGCUUUCUAGUUGUGUUGUAAGAGUUGUUCAAGUAAAAAACAAAAAAUAAAGCACGUUAUAACAUCGGGGGAAAAAAAUGACCAA